UGAAAGAUCAUACAUCAUAAUGACAAAUAAUAUUUGAAACUUGUGUUGAGUUGAUAUUUUAUCAAUAUUGUUAGUGUUAAUAAUAAAACAAACAUCUCGAACGCCAUUUAUUUGUAGUCUUCGAAUUCAAUUGCUUACACACAUACAUAUGUAUGUAUAUAAAUGUAUAUUUCGUACACGAAUGUUAUCAAAUGAAUUUAAAAAUCCAUAUCCAACUAAAUUAUAAAACAAAAUUGUCUAAAAAAAAAACUUCAAAUUGCUUAAAGUUAUUUGAUUCAGAUUUCAAGGUGUCAUAUUAAUCAAUUCGUUCUCGAGUAUUCGGAAACAAAAAUACAUUUGAAGGUGAAAUAUAAACAUAGAACAUUCGAAAAUCAUGCUCAGAAUAUUUAAGUCUUGUCCUGUCUGGGGAAAACUUAUGUUGGAGACAUAUCAAUCAAAAAACGUUAAGUUAACGCAAAUGUCAAUAAGAUUCGACUCUGCUUAAGUCGUUUUCUGAUAAAAUUUGCUAAAACAGUGUAAAAUACGAGACACAAGUUAUACAAUUUGCAAUUGAUUGAUCAUCAUGAAGCUACUGGAGAGUUCUCGUUUUGAAGCCAUCAAUAAUGCACUUUCUAUUCAUACAAGCGGUAUCACAAUCUUUGGACGUAUAGAAAGCUACUCCUGCAAAAUGGUUGCUGCAGACAAAGUUUUAUACAAGCGGUUUACGGCUGAAACCCAUGGCCACGAUCUUCAGGCACUAUCGCCACCACAAACAUUAGCCGACUUCUCACCUAAUUUUUGUCGCAACAACAGUCACUCUGGCGACGAAGGUAUCAUUCUGUGCGAUACUAUUUCACGCAAAACUUUAUUUUACUUAAUUGCUACUUUAAACGCAUCAUUUGAGCCAGACUAUGAUUUUUCGGAUGCAAAGUCACAUGAGUUUAGUAAAGAGCCGUCUUUACAAUGGGUCAUGAACUCUAUUCACUCAAACUUAUCAGCAUUAGCGGGAGAUCAGUAUCAAGUCUUGCGUCAGCCAUUGUGGUCUGCCGUUGAUGACGAAGUGAACUUAUCGGAAUGCGACAUAUAUAGCUAUAAUCCAGAUUUAAGUUCAGACCCAUUUGGAGAACCUGGUUGUUUAUGGUCUUUCAACUAUUUUUUUUAUAACAAAAAAUUAAAACGAAUUGUAUUUUUUACAAGUCGAGCCGUAAACUCUCUUUAUGCUGGAGAAACCUCGGAUUUUUCAAUGGAAGAGGAUGUUUAUUAAGGAAUUCCAGCACAAUUACUAUUGAAUCGGUCUUUCGUCUUUUCCCAAACAUUUCCAUUGAAUAAUAGUAAACAACCGGUUCUUAUAUAUAUAUGAAAAAAGCAGGAUAGAGCUGAAAUGUUAAAUUUUUAGACAUUAAGCAUACGUUGUGUAUCUAACAUAAUGCAAGAGGAUUAAAAAUGGAAAACAAAAAUUUUGGGAUUAAAAAACUUACAAAAUAUUAAUUACAAAACUUUAUUUAAAUAAUAUAUAUGUAGAUUAUUUAAAUUGUACAUUUUAAUUUCUGAGGGUAAAUAUUUUGAUUGUAUGCCUUAAAUAUCAUUUACGGAAUAAUUUCGAGCUUUUAUUUAUUUUGCUAGGUAUUCGCCAUUUUGUCCAGUCUUGGUUUAUCAUAUUUUAGACUUAAAGAUGCGUACUGAAAGUAAAUAUAUUUUAAAAACUUUAAAUGUGUAGUUGACUUUUUAUAUUAUAUUGUUAUUAUAC